UGUAUCCUGAAGUCUCAGCACGUUUGUCAAAUGAAUGUGUGAUGUUUAAACCCUGGGCAGCAGCACCUGAAGGGAAUCUUCCAUAGGUGUUUAGUGCAUUUUCUCCAUGCUGCUGGAAAACAUGCUCAAAACCUAUUGAAAUUGCCUUCUCCCCAUUGCUUCCCUGUAAUAUACUUAAGCUGAAACCAGUAGAAGUAAUUAACUGUAAUUGAUGUCGCAAAUUGAUUCUUGACACAUUCUAGACAAAAUAUUGCUGCUUCCGAAAUAAAAUGCUUGUCUGAAUUUAAAGAAGCAGCUCUUGCUUUAAUUCAUGAGAUUUGACUUCUGUUUGCUGUAUCUUAAGUCCUCAUCCAGCCCUUUCUCCUUUAUUUUAUGGCUGGAUUAACAUCUCUGAACGCCAGUUAUGGUUGUUGUAGCUGUGUUUGCUCAGGCACAGAUAAAUAUAACUCAGGAUUUUAUUGCCUGCUUUGAGGUUGGGAAACGCUAAUGCUGGUACCAAUUUAAUGUGCCACAUCCAAAUGACAGCUGUUACACAUGGAAUCAACAACCCUGUAAAGCUUGGAUUCUGAAAGAAUUUGCUGUAUUUUCUUCUAGUGGCAAAUGGGUUAAGUCUUUUUCUCAGUGCUGAGGAAGGGGUACAUCUGUAUGUCAGUUUUAGGCUGAUCUGCAUUUGAGUUGGUUUAGUCUUUACUUACUAACUUGGAUAGGACCUAAUGGAUUACGUGCUUAUGUGCCCCUUUCUUCUGGAGAGCAUUUUCUUCUUUGAAAAUGAAUGUUUGCAUCCAGUUGCAUCUGUAUUGUACCAGCACCUUCUCCACUUCCACAAUUCCUUACCUCCUUGUUGUUCAGCAUGGUGAUAGCAGGUAGCUUACUCAUCAGUCUCCAUGUAAAUCAUUUGUCUGCAAUGAGUUCAUCCCCAAGCAUGGAUGGAACAACUAAAUGGCCCACGUAAAUGUUUCCUGCUAGCAACCAUGUGAGUAGUAGUUGAAUGCCUUCAUUUAGGAAAGCUAAAUGGUCAGCUUUAGUAGUCGUUGCAAGUUGAGCAUUAUCUCGUGAACCAGCAAACUGAAUAGAGAACUUGGAACAAGUGUGUUGUGUUUGGGCCAGAAUUCAGAAGAAGGAAGGAAUGCCCCAAGUAACCAAAGCUGGAAAACUGACCAAUAAAGCUGCCCUUAGUCAUCAUCCUUCUUCAUAUCACGUUAUUAAUAGGGAAGGUUGUGUGCUGGCUGAAAUGGUUCAUCAUGUGAGUGUCUUGAGUCCUCAUAUUUCAACAAUUAUCAGCAGUGUAUUUUUCUUUGUAAUAUUGGUAAACUUAGCUCAUAAUACUCUACACUUUCGCCUUAGGCUUGUUAGUUAGGCUCCUUAAAGAGUGGUUGCUGCUCUGGAAUAAGAAGUGACACACCUCUAAGCUUAAAAUCAAAAGUGUAAAAUAAACAUUUUGGAGUCUGUAACGUAAGGAAUUAAUUUAAACCUCUGAAAUGCUGUGAAAUUCCACACGCCAUCAGUUGGCACACUGUUAGCAUUUAGCAAACAAAACUAGGAGAUGUGCAGUCACGAGCAUGUAAUGCUUGCGUGACAAUUAUGAAAUAAGUAAGCGAAAGGCAAGCAGUCAUUUGUUCUGACAUGUGACAGUCACUUGGUGUAUUCUGCAUAGUGAGCUCUUGAAACUACUUAGGACCCACUGGAGGCAGAGCUGUAGAAUCCCACAUACAAUAAAAACCCCAGAAAUCAUUCGUUAAAAAGUAAUUGAAAUGAGAGAUGAAACAUUGAUGAAACAUUGGUUCAUCAGAGAACAGAUGAGGGGGAGGAAAAAAAUUAUUUCUUGAGGUCCCUGGAUUGCAUGAUGUGACUUGAAGCUACAGCACUUCUAGGUUGGUGUGAGUCACUGUUACCAUCUUUUAUAGGAUUAAAAAAAAAUCUCAUUUGCAGUGGGGUUUUGAGAAGUUUUUCAAGGCUCCUAGGUUUAUUUCAGAACAAAAUGUGUACGUGUAUAUUGUAAGUGUGACAAAAGUUGAAAAUGAACAGAGAAUAACUUAAUUGAUAAUGAAUCUUUUUUUUUUUUCCCCACCCCAGAAACCAAAGCAAUGAAAAAAGAGCUUAUAUGUUCUUGGUGCUGCCUCUGUUAUUUGUAUCAUGCCUUUUCUAUGGAUUUGUUACCUGCUAGGGGUGUUUGGAAAGCAAUACCAGAAUCAGCAUCGGUAUCGAACUGUGAAAGCUUCAAAGGGUGCGCACAGAUGAGAACGCUGUUAUUUAAUCUUCAAAAUUCUUACGUUUUUCAAUACAAAUUUUAAAGAUAAGCAGUGUGGCAAGGAACUUAGAAGUCGAGACACCCAUGUGGAAAUGUUAGCUCUGAGACUUGUCUCAGUGACAGCGAUUUAGAUGCUUGUCUUGCCCCACCAUCUCCAAAAGAUGGAAGAGAAUUUGCUAGCCUAAGGUGUGUGUUUUACUGAGGGUUUACAAAGAGAUUGAAGGGAGUGGUGGCUUUGAGGCUGCCUGUGUGGGGCUGCUCCUUUCUCACGAUGAUGCAGAGCGGCAUCAAAGCAGUUUCAGCCCUGGAGGCUGGCAGCUGAAGGGUGGGUAGGUAUUUGCUACCCGUUAAAGAAAAAGCAGUGAGGAGUAGCCAUGUGGGUAUUGUGAGGGAGAUGUGUGAUGGAAAAGAGAGCCCUUGGGUCUGGAGGUCGGUGGGUGGGUUAGACCUGGGGGAGCUCAGAUGCAGAACCCUGUGGGUGCUGUCACCCGGCCACAUUCCCUGAUGGUGGGGAGGGCUCAGCAGCAUGCUGAUCUGCACUGCUUCCCUCUGCACGUUUCUUUGCGUGGACCUUAGAGGGACUUGGACUUGUUGUUUCAGCUCAAGUAAACCUGGGAUUCGUGAGGGGAAAGCUGCAAGGAUGUGCUCUGUUGUGUUUUGUUUUUUUUUAAGAAUCUCCUUCAAACUUGAUCUCACUUCUAGAACAGGUUAGUAGGAAGUUCCUGAGUGCUUUUGACAGCGUUACUCUGCAAACGUCUGUUGCCUGGUGUGUGUUGUCACAAAACAUCAUCUGACUUGUUGGGCUCUUUCUGAAGGUCAGAGGUGUUGCAGCACUGGAAUACAAAGUGCUGAUCUAAUGCAAACCCACGUUGCCGACUCGGGUUUGUUCUGAAGCUGAUUAUCCAGCUCUGUACCAGCAGCCCUUACCUCAGGUCGGGUUUGGGCUAACCUGCUGCUCCAGUGUUAGCUGGCUGACAGAGAACCGCUGGUGUCUGGCUGGCACAUAGCUCAUACAAGCUCAGUGGAGUUUGCUCUGGCUGCUGUGACAGAGGCAAAUGUUUGUGCUGUGGAGGUGUUCCCGUAUGGUGCAGAGCUGUUAUCAUCACAGAGCCAAAGCUGCAGCACUCCACAUUGCACCAAACUUCUGGUUUCUGAAGUUAAUUCCUAGAAGGCAGCUGUAGUUACCGGGCAGUCAGGCGAUGUGCUGCCUGCUAGGCUCUAGUUCUUUUGCAGAAAGUUUAUUUUGGGCAGUGGGUGUGGAUUUUUAUUCAAAUUAUCUUGCUUGCCCAGAGCGUUAAACGUGUUAGCAGUUAAAAUCCUGGUUUAUAUCCUGGGUUAGAGUAAGCGUUGCUCUCCCGUUGCCAAGAGGCACAGUGCCAAGUGUUACUAAAGGAUCACGGUGACAAUGUUUUUACUUAUUCCUGGAACAUGUCCGUAGGCCACUGACCUAAAAAUACGCUGCAGUGGGAUCAUCAGGGUUAGAUCUGCAAAAACACUCUCGGAUCUUCAAAGCUCAGUUGCUGGUAUAUUGAGAUCUUCAGAGAUUUGGAUUUCCUUGUCAUCGGGAGGCUGGGGAGAAGUGACAUUUUCCUUUUUCAGCACUGUCUGCCCCCCCAAGUUAUGUCAAAAAUUCUUGAGUUAAAACUUAAUUUGGUGCCCUGUAGUGACAGUGAUGCAUUGAUAAUGCUAUUUUGAUUUUAACGUGGGCGAUUUUUUGUCUUCUUUAUGCUUUUCAUUUUUCAUGUAUGGAAAAACUCUUUUCUGCAGAUACUUUCUUCGGAUACAUACUGUGGUCUGCAAGUCUCUUUAUUAGUUAACUCUACUUCUGAUUUGCUAGCCGACUUGCAAUUUGUCAGUGUAGUUCCUUAUAGUGGAUGACAUUCAGACGUGAGAUGAGCAAGCCAAAGGAUGUCUUCUGUACACAGGAGAUAAUGAAGCAGCUGACAGAUACAUUUCACUUGGAACAGGAGAAUUUUGACUCUGACAUCAGCAGCGUGGGGAUAGAUGGGUGCUGGCAGGCUGACAGCCAGCGGAUCCUCAACGAGGUGAUGGUAGAGCACUUCUUCCGGCAGGGGAUGUUGGAUGUAGCCGAGGAACUGUGUCAGGAAUCUGGUCUAUCAAUAGAUCAAAGUCAGAAAGAACCAUUUGUGGAGUUAAAUCGAAUACUGGAAGCAUUAAAAGUUAGAGUUCUGAGACCUGCAUUAGAGUGGGCGGUAUCCAACAGAGAAAUGCUCAUGGCACAGAAUAGUUCACUGGAGUUCAAACUGCACAGAUUAUAUUUCAUUAGUUUAUUGAUGGGUGGAACAGCAAAUCAAAGAGAAGCACUUCAGUACGCGAAAAACUUCCAGCCGUUUGCCCUAAACCAUCAGAAAGAUAUUCAGGUUUUGAUGGGCAGCCUGGUGUAUCUGAGGCAAGGCAUAGAGAACUCACCGUACGUUCAUCUACUGGAUGCAAAUCAGUGGGCAGACAUCUGUGACAUCUUCACAAGAGAUGCCUGUGCUCUUCUGGGUCUCUCAGUUGAAUCACCGCUCAGUGUUAGUUUUUCAGCAGGUUGUGUAGCAUUACCGGCUCUAAUUAAUAUCAAGGCAGUUAUUGAACAAAGGCAGUGCACAGGUGUUUGGAACCAGAAGGAUGAACUACCGAUUGAAGUGGACCUUGGUAAAAAGUGCUGGUACCAUUCAAUAUUUGCCUGUCCCAUUCUCCGUCAGCAAACAACAGAUAAUAAUCCACCUAUGAAAUUAGUCUGUGGUCAUAUUAUAUCAAGAGAUGCUUUGAAUAAAAUGUUUAAUGGCAGCAAAUUAAAAUGCCCCUAUUGUCCGAUGGAACAGAGCCCUGGAGAUGCCAAACAGAUAUUUUUCUGAAGAAAAGCUCCCUUAAGCGGUUUGUAAGUGACACUCUGCAAUUCAGGUGCAUUUCAGGAGAAUUAAAACACACCUGUUCCAUUUUAUGCAGCCGACUGAGGACUCCUAUGUUUGUAUAAGCUAAUGCUACAGAAACUUUGCCAACAUUUAGUAUAUACAUACCAAGUGGAAAUGCUACAGAAAUAUUAUUACCAUAGGGCUUUACUAUACUCUUGGUCUCCAUACCUGAUCAAGUUACUACACCAGCAGUUGUCAUUCAAUGCAGGUUUUUGUACUCAAUUAUACGGUGACUUUUUACUUUUUAAAAGCAGAAAUGGAUCACCCCCAUUUGUUUAAUAUUCCUCCUGCUAUCAUUCUAUUGGUAACUGUCACCUUAGAGAAUGUUUGUGGAAAAAGUUUUAUUUCCUGUAACGUGUACAUAAUUAAAGGUAAAUACUUCAGAAAAAAAAAAAAAAGUUUGAUAAAUUGAAUAGUGGUUAUAAAACUAAUUUGUAUUUUUUUUGCUGAAAGAGCUGUGAUAUAUUCUGAGUUUUUCUUUCAAGCAUUUUUUCAACUUUUACAUAGAAUUCAAAGUAAAUGUGCAUAUAUAUAAAAUAUAUAAAUAUAUAGCCCUAAGGGGCUACCUGUUAAAAUCCAUCACUAAUUUAUGAGGGUGAUGUGUGGAUAGAUUACUGCUGGAACAGAGGGAAGAGGAAAUCCUGUUCCUUAGGUUUCACGAUUGAGAAAUGUUUGUGUAAAAGAAUCCUCAAUAAAACGAAAUUCUGAAGUGGAAAUGCUUUUAGUCGAUGCCGUUUGCUCUCUGGCCUUCGUAGUCAUGUUCUUUGAACUUUGUAUUCAGGAUUAGGCUAUAAAUGUCAUGUUGCUGUAUAGUUUAAUAGUCAUUAUAGUGUGCUAUUUAUAAACAGUUAUCAAAACCAAAUCGAUUGUAUAAGUAUUCAUUGUUACAUGGGGGAAAAGCAUGUUCUGAUGCAGUCUUUUGAUCAUGGUGCUGCACUUGGCAGAGUUGGGCCCUACGUCACGCAUUAGGAGGUAGCAAAUUUUCUGUAGCUUGAGAACACUUUGCUUCUAGCCUUGUUUUUGUAGUAGACUAUUACUGCCAUUGCCACUUUUUCUGCUAAAUUUGUCAUAUUGUUGACUAGGUAAAUUUGUACUCAUGAACAAGGUGUAGAUCAUGGCAGUUAAAUCUUUUUCUAGUGUGCAUAUAUUUGUAUUUAUUGCACUGUCCUAUAGUAGGGCGAGCAGCCACGAGGCAUGCGGAGCUACAUGUAAAAUUAUAUUUCUGUAUUGUGUGGUAAAAAAAAAAAAAAACCCGAGCUUAUAUGGUUGAAUACUGACACACUGGUUGAAUGCACUAGCACAAUGCACUACAACGAAGACCGUCUGUGAGAAACCUCCACCUUCUGAAUUUGUGUCACCUGGUGUGAGAGACUGAGUUGGACUCUGUCGGAUCAGUGCCCACGGACAACCUGGAAGAGGCACGGAGAGCAGCAAGUCAAGGCACACACGUUUUGAGCCUGAAAUGUGUUUGAUACGUGCGAACAAUGCAGGCGUGUGACUUUCUGCAAAACCUCUAUUGUAUUCACACUGAGUUCCAACCGACCAGGUUACCGAGUGGUAAAAUCAACAAUAAACAGGUGAGGAUAUUAUUUUCCAUGUA